ACAAUAGCGAGUACAUGAGGAACGGAGACUUCUUACCCACUCGCCUGCAAGCCCAGCAAGAUGCUGUCAACAUCGUGUGCCACUCAAAAACCCGCAGUAACCCUGAGAACAACGUGGGGCUCAUCACCUUAGCCAAUAACUGUGAAGUGUUGACCACGCUCACUCCAGACACAGGCCGGAUCCUUUCAAAGCUACACACGGUGCAACCCAAAGGGAAAAUUACCUUUUGCACAGGGAUCAGAGUUGCUCACCUGGCUUUGAAACAUCGCCAAGGCAAGAACCACAAGAUGCGAAUCAUCGCCUUCGUUGGGAGCCCUGUAGAAGAUAAUGAGAAAGACCUGGUGAAACUGGCAAAGCGUCUUAAGAAAGAGAAAGUCAACGUUGAUAUCAUCAAUUUUGGAGAAGAGGAAGCCAACACGGACAAGCUGACUGCCUUCAUUAACACCUUAAAUGGCAAGGAUGGCACCGGCUCCCACCUGGUGACAGUGCCGCCGGGGCCCAGCCUGGCUGAUGCCCUCAUCAGCUCCCCCAUCCUGGCCGGGGAGGGAGGUGCCAUGCUGGGCCUCGGCGCCAGUGACUUCGAGUUCGGCGUGGACCCCAGCGCGGACCCGGAGCUGGCUCUGGCUCUGCGUGUCUCCAUGGAGGAGCAGAGGCAGCGGCAAGAGGAGGAGGCCAGGAGGGCUGCGGCCGCCUCUGCGGCUGAGGCUGGGAUCGCAGCCACUGGUGGGGAUGAUUCGGACGAUGCUCUGCUGAAGAUGACGAUAACUCAGCAGGAGUUUGGCCGGGCUGGGCUGCCCGACCUCAGCAGCAUGACAGAGGAGGAGCAGAUUGCCUACGCCAUGCAGAUGUCGCUGCAGGGAGCGGAGUUUGCCCAGGCGGAGGCGGCCGAAGUGGACAGCAGCACAGCCAUGGAUACCUCCGAACCUGCUAAGGAGGAAGACGACUAUGAUGUGAUGCAGGACCCCGAGUUCCUGCAGAGCGUGCUGGAGAACCUGCCAGGCGUGGACCCCAACAACGAGGCCAUCCGCAACGCCAUGGGCUCACUGGCCUCGCAGGCCUCCAAGGAGAGCAAGGACAAAAAAGAGGAGGAGAAGAAAUGGGGGGCGGGGGUUGUGCUGUAACACGGCAAUAAAGGCU